CAUAUAUUGUUUUCUAUGAGACUUUAUUACAUUAUUAACAUUGUAAAAAUAUGUAUAUUGCAUGCGUAAAUUAUAUGUUUUAUGAUGACAGCCUGUAUCAAAUCUUUCACAAUAAUUAAACAAAAAAAUUUAAGUUAUAGUUGACAUUUCUUUUGGUAAAAUAUAUAGUCAAAAGUUUGGUCACAAAUGUGAUUAAAUGGAUUGCACUACAUUGGGUAAUAUCACAGUUUACAUAUUGGAAAUAAUCAGGGAAAAAAAUAAAACGUGCAACGUGCAUAAAGCACUAUUUGAAAGCUAUAAAUAGGAAGAAUUUAUACAAGCUUUCUUGGGUGAAAUAUCCUUGAACUUCAGGUUGCAUUGCUUUUGGCUCAGGUUGAAAGAGUUUAUUAGGUUCAUCAAAGCAUUUCACACACUGCUAUGACUCUGACGAGGGAAAACAAGUCUCAUAAUUGCACAAAUUGACAAAUAAGGCCAAGUUUGAAGGUUCGCUCGGGGCAUUUGGCACGGCCGAGUCAUGUCGAAGAAUAAAUAUGGCAAUGGUCGUGUAAUGGGUUGACAUGUGAACGCGUUGCUUACAUAGACACAUGCCUAAAAUACCCCCAAACUUAGAUAUGCCACACGUGAGUUUUCCCCAUCCCAUCACACAGGAUGAAAGGUGAAAUGCAGGGCAGACACACAUCAAAGAAUGAAGAGAGGGAAAAAUUUGGAGCCAUCCUGUCUCUUUAACUGACUGACUUCCCAGCUUGUUUUUUCCACGUUAUGGCUGUCGUAAAAACAGUAAUUCAGACUGUGGGUGUUUGCUCUUCAUGUACCGGUAACCUUGCUCUGCUCCGUCACUUUUAAAGCUGACCCGAGUUUGAACUCGCAGCGAGACGAUGAUCAUAUUUAUGAUAUUACUGCACAUUCUGCUCCGCAAUGAAAACAGGGCAUAACAGCUAUGGCAUGGUUCCAGGUUAAAGUCUAAUGCGAGAUCAGAUCCAGCGACACAGCCCUGAAUGCCGUCCUAACUUAGUUCUCAAAUAUGUCUGGUUUGGCAUACACAGACAUAUUGUACAGUGAUUUUCACUAUUAUAUUGUAAUGCAUACUGAUAACGUAAUCAAAUCCUGAUAAUAUCCAACACUGUGUUUAUAGCAAAUCAUCAAUAGGUGACACUCAAAAUCUACAGACAGCACAAUAAAAAUGCAACUAUUAUAAAUAAGACAUUUUUUAGAAUUUUUUAAUAUUAGAAAUCAUUUGUUCAGUUUCUAUUCCAUAUGCGUAACUGUACAUGUGUAGGUAAGCUUUCUAAACUCUGCAAUGGCCUUUUAAGGACCCCCACCUCAAAUAAGGACAAAAAGAGGGACAUUUAAGGGAUUUAAAAUGUAAAAGUAGAGCUUCACAGUUAAGCUCCUCAAUUAAAUCCUCUACGGCAUUUCUGAUGGCUCCACAAGCCCAGAGUAAUGAGUGUAAACGACGGGAAUAUUGGCAACAAAAGAGCCUCGGAUGCUUCCUUUUGUGUCGGGGGAAUUAACACCUUUUCAAAGUGAAAUCUCUGGAUUGUCUGCCUUCUACAGGAGGUGGUAUUAAAAUGCGCCUAUAACAAAUGGUUCGGAGUUUGGAGCAGCUUCUGCCCCGUGGGCGGGGCGAGAUGACACCACAAUUAAAGAUGAACUUUGUGUGAACUAAUUUAUCUGAGGAAGGUAACAGGAGGAGACCUGCGCGCAAUGGAUAUAUAAGGGCGCGCGAGCGAGGACGCCCUCAGUCUGUGCGUAAAGACGCGUCUCGUCUCCAGAAGUUCUUUUGCGAUCUUUGCGCGCUUAAGCAUGGGGCUGUACACGCUCAUAGUCACCUUCCUCUGCACCAUCGUGCUCCCCGUGUUGCUCUUCCUCGCCGCGGUUAAGUUGUGGGAGAUGUUAUUGAUUCGCCGGGUCGAUCCGAGCUGUGGAAGUCCCCUGCCGCCAGGUACCAUGGGCUUACCUUUCAUUGGAGAAACGCUCCAGCUGAUCCUCCAGAGAAGGAAGUUCCUUCGGAUGAAGCGCCAGAAAUACGGAUGCAUCUACAAAACGCACCUCUUCGGUAACCCGACUGUCAGGGUGAUGGGAGCUGAUAACGUGAGGCAGAUUCUUCUGGGAGAACACAAGCUGGUUUCUGUUCAGUGGCCAGCAUCAGUGAGAACUAUACUGGGAUCUGACACGCUCUCCAAUGUUCAUGGCACUCAACACAAAAACAAGAAAAAGGCCAUUAUGAGAGCGUUCUCAAGAGAUGCUCUUGAGCACUACAUUCCAGUUAUCCAGGAGGAGGUGAAGAGUGCCAUACAAGACUGGCUGCAAAGAGAUACAUGUGUGCUGGUUUACCCAGAGAUGAAGCGACUCAUGUUUCGCAUAGCCAUGAGAAUCCUUCUCGGUUUCGAGCCUGAGCAAAUCAAGACAGAUGAGCAGGAGCUGGUGGAGGCUUUUGAGGAAAUGAUCAAAAACUUGUUCUCCCUGCCUAUCGAUGUUCCCUUCAGCGGCUUGUACAGGGGUCUGAGAGCACGCAAUUUCAUUCAUUCUAAAAUCGAGGAGAACAUCAGGAAGAAAAUUCAAGACGAUGACAAUGAAAAUGAGCAAAAACACAAAGAUGCUCUUCAGCUGCUGAUCGAGAACAGCAGGAGAAGUGAUGAGCCCUUCAGUUUGCAGGCAAUGAAAGAAGCUGCCACCGAGCUUCUGUUUGGAGGUCAUGAGACCACAGCCAGCACUGCAACCUCACUAGUGAUGUUCUUGGGUCUGAAUUCAGAAGUGGUGCAGAAAGUCAGAGAGGAGAUUCAGGAGAAGGUCGAAAUGGGCAUGUAUUCAUCUGGAAAGACCUUAAGUAUGGAGCUGUUGGAACAAUUGAAGUACACUGGAUGUGUGAUUAAAGAAACUCUCAGAAUCAACCCUCCUGUACCUGGAGGCUUCAGAGUGGUCCUCAAAACCUUUGAACUGAAUGGUUACCAGAUACCUAAAGGAUGGAAUGUCAUCUACAGCAUUUGUGACACGCACGAUGUUGCUGAGGUGUUUCCUAACAAAGAUGAGUUCCAACCAGAGAGGUUCAUGAGCAAAGGCCUGGAGGACGGCUCCAGGUUUAACUACAUCCCCUUCGGAGGCGGUUCCAGGAUGUGCGUGGGCAAAGAAUUCGCCAAAGUGUUACUCAAGAUCUUUUUAGUUGAGCUAACACAGCAGUGCAACUGGAUUCUUUCAAAUGGACCCCCGACAAUGAAAACUGGGCCAACCGUUUACCCAGUGGACAAUCUCCCCACCAAGUUCAGUAAUUAUGUCAGAAAUUAGUUCUGAACUAACAUGAGCUUUGUACAUAUUUUUUUUUUUUUUUUUUUUUUUUUUUAGAUGAGCUGUGUAUUAUUAUAUUAUAUAUUUUGUUUAUAUAAAAGAUGUGUAUAUAAGUCUAUACAAGAAAGCAAAACGAGGGCACUACUUUUUCAUGGAUCACUGUAAUUCUACAAAGUGUCUGUGAUGUAUAUUUAUAAUGUAGUUGUGUUAUAUAUAUAUAUAGCUUUUGUAC